AUGAGGAUCACGUGGCUGGCGGCGGCGGCGGCGGCGGCGCUGUGCUGCGUCGACGCGGCGGCGAGUGCGGGCGGGCAAGGGCAGUGCAAGUUCCGGGCCGUCUUCAACUUCGGCGACUCCAACUCCGACACGGGCGGCUUCUGGGCCGCCUUCCCGGCGCAGCAGGCGCCGUUCGGCAUGACCUACUUCCGCCGCCCCGCCGGCCGCGCCUCCGACGGCCGCCUCGUCAUCGACUUCCUAGUGCAAGCGAUGGGGCUGCCGCUGCUGAGCCCCUACCUGCAGUCCGUCGGCUCCGACUACCGCCGCGGCGCCAACUUUGCGACGCUGGCGUCGACGGCGCUGCAGCCCAACACGUCGCUGUUCGUCACCGGGACCAGCCCCUUCUUCCUCGGCGUCCAGCUCAACCAGAUGAAGGAGCUGAGGACCAAGGCGCUCCGCUCCAAUGGCAACAAUGCCCAACUUCCUGCACCUGAUGUGCUGAGCAAUUCUCUAUACACAAUUGACAUUGGCCAAAAUGAUCUCACUUCCAAUCUGGGAUCGCAGAGUAUCGAGACAGUCAAGCAAAGUCUUCCUUCAGUUGUUAGCCAGAUCACCUCUACAGUACAGGAAUUGUACAGCAUUGGAGCUCGCAACAUUAUGGUGUUUAACAUGGCGCCUAUCGGAUGCUACCCAGCAUUCCUCACAAAGCUCCCACAUACCAGCAAUGACAUGGAUGGAUUUGGUUGCAUGAAAACCUACAACAGUGCAGUGACCUACUACAAUGAACUGCUGAACACUAGCCUGGCCGAGGUUCGCAAGAAGCUGCAGGAUGCCUCUAUUGUGUAUGCCAACAAACACGCCGUGACACUCGAGCUGUUUCGGCAUCCCAAAGCUCAUGGGCUGAAGUACGGGACUAAGGCUUGCUGUGGAUACGGUGACGGGGCUUACAAUUUCAACCCAGAUGUAUACUGUGGAAGCAGCAAGGUGCUCAAUGGCCAAACCACAAGUGCGAAAGCUUGUGCUGAUCCGCAGAACUAUGUGAGCUGGGAUGGGAUCCAUGGAACAGAAGCUGCAAACAAGAUCAUAGCUUCUUCCUUGAUGAGUGGCUCAUAUUCAUACCCACCUUUUGAUCUUUCCAAACUUUGCAAGCUACAGCCCAUAGCAUGAUCACAGCACCAAUCUAGUCAAACUUGUACAGUAGCCAUGAAACAAUAUCUUUCAAAACAAAAAAAAAAGUUGAAAAUGUAUGAAUGUCUCAAACCGAAGUAAAUAAAGAGGUUUGAUCUUCAAACCUUCAAGAUUUCAAGCUUUCAACUAAGAAUAAAAUCAUGUUUUCCUGUCAAUCCUGAGUUCCUCACACGCAGUACUGUGGUACUUCUUUUAUAGGCUGAAUGGAUAUCAUAGAUAUUAGAAUUGCAAUU